GGGCAUUGAUACCCUGGGAUUCCGAGUCUUGCUACGAGAGUAGUACGUGGUGGGAAGGGUGAAAUGGAUUGUCUGAUCCGACACGCAAGGAGAUAACCACGUGCUACUACUAUCUAGCUGGCAACCUCAGGAGUGGCACACCCAGGCUGAUCACAUCAUCACACCGCAAGCGUAUACAGUAUGGGUCUUAAAGAGAGAAAGGGGCUUGGCAGUCGUCACCAGGAAGCGUUACUUCCAGCUUACACACAAAGCCCAUACUGUACAUUGUUUCUGCUUCUGGGGGGAUGUUGUUACCCUAGAAAAUCUUAUGGGGAAAGCAUAUGUAACACGCAGGCGCGGGAGUGUCGCAUGAACCCACGAGAUCGGACCGCCCCAGAUGCAAGGAAUAAGUUACAUUUGUCUGGGAAUCUGCAUCUUGCCGAACCAACCCAACAACCCACAAGCCCGCAAUGCUUGACGAGUUACGACAACAGAAGAGGCCGGAGAGACGAUGCGCACGCGCUCAGACAUCGCGCAUCGUCCGAAGUCGUCUGCGGCAGCGAUGAGCAUCCGUUGGGCGGCUAAAGAAAGGGGAUUGUGGAAGUAUUGAAGGCGAGAAUCUGCGACUUCCAAAUUAUAAGCGCAUGGUCUGUCGACAAUACGAAAUCUCAACUUGAGCAUCGGAUGCCUCCUCUCUUUUUUCCUGAGACGCACUCUAUCC